CUCCAUACGGAACAUCCUGCCCUUACCGGAGAGGGGGAGGAGACAGACUGGCGUGUCCCGCUAGUAAAUCUAUCAGGAAGACGAAGGCAGCGAGGAGCAGUAGCUCUUUUUCUGGACGCAGGGAGGAUUCUAAAACCGCCGGAUGGUCGCUGGAUCUGUCUGAAGUUUUGGACCCAGACUGCCUCACCGCCCGGACCGACCUGUUCCGCCAGCACCCGCAGCUCGAACCGCCUGUAGGCAGCAGCAGCACCGGGACUGGAGGCUGUGGCACCCCCACCGAGCAUGAGGCUACCCGGGCUGUUGGCGCUGCUGGCCGCGCUGCUCGCUCACGUCGCCGCGGGACAGACGUGGUCGCCUGUCGAUGACGAGGGCUCGACGGGAGACGACUUCUACGAUGACGAGGACCUCUACUCGGGCUCUGGCUCUGGAUUUCCUGAGAUCAGCAUGAGGCCCACGGCAGAGGGCGUGUCCUUCACCACAGAAGAGCCCGUCCCCCUGUCCACCACCCAGGCCACCAGCCCCGCUCCCUCUGCCGCACCUGCGGCCGAGCCCAGCCCCGACCCCGACCCCACAUUCUCCGCCCCCAUGACCACCGCUGCCGCCCCCACCACAUCUGCCGCGGCCUCCGCCACCACCCUCUUGCCCACCGAGGGUGACGGCGAGAGCGGUGCCUUCUGGGAGAAGGAGCUGGAGCUGGAGAAGGAGCGGGAGAAGCAGCUUGAGCGGGAGCGAGAGCGGGAACGCGAGAGGGAGCGGGUCCGGGAGAUGGAGCGAGAGCGGGAAAGGGAGCGGGAGAGAGAGCGGGAGAGGGAAAGAGAGCGGGAGCGCGAGAGGCAACGAGAGCGGGAGCGAGAGCGAGAGCUGGAGAGGAUACGGGCCGCUGCCGCCGGCACCGCCCAAACCACCGCCCCACCGAGAUCCUCACCCGCAGUUCCUGCCGUGACAACAUUCCUGGAGGAGAGUGCGGCUCCCUCUGCUGGCCCGGAUGACCUGAGCACCACAGAAGAAGAAGAGGAUGUCUACCUGUCACCUGAACCCACGUCACGUUAUCUCGAUGUGGAAGCCACCACGGAAGAGGACACGCCCAUCACUACGGUUGAGCCCACUCCGGAGCCCACGACCGCCCUGCCCACCACCACCCUGACUACGACCAGCGCAGCCACCAAGACCAGGUUCCCCUUCAGGCCCCGCGUUCCCGUGACAACCACUCGCAAGGCGCCUACGCAGAAAAGCACCCGCCCACCACAGCCCACGACGACACAGGCCCGCGCCGAGGAAGGCAACAACGAGCUGGCCGCCGUGGGGCCGAGCGGGGAUUUUGAGAUCCGCGACGACCAGCGCAACGACCUGGGCCGAGGCCUGGCGCCGGAGGACCCGGACCUGACGGGCAACACGGUGGACGGAGGAAGCUCGGCCGCGCAGCUGCCACAGAAGAACAUCCUGGAGAGGAAAGAAGUCUUGAUAGCGGUCAUUGUGGGCGGCGUGGUGGGCGCCCUCUUUGCCGCCUUCCUGGUGAUGCUGCUGGUGUACCGGAUGAAGAAGAAGGACGAGGGCAGCUACACGCUGGAGGAGCCCAAGCAGGCCACCGUCACCUACCAGAAGCCCGACAAGCAGGAGGAGUUUUACGCGUAACCGCGGCCCAGCGAGAAAGAUACUCGACCACACGGCCGCCUCUCCUCUUCCUCUGCAUUGCUUCCACGACCCCCCCGCCUCCCCAAUCCCACCGCCACCACCACCCUAAACACCUCCGUCACCCUCCCCUCUCUCCUCUGGAGCGCCUUUCUGCGGACUUCUUUUCAUAAAAGAGGAAAAAAUGGGACAAAAAAAAUACAAGAAAAACAAAAUAUUCUCUCAAAAAAACAACACAUACACACAUUUUUUGGAAGUAAAUGUUGUUAUGAAUAUUCUCUUGUUCUGUAUGUGAUUAUAUGAUUAUUUUCUAAGAAAAAAACAUCAAAACACUCGCUUGAACAAAAAAAAAGGAAAAAAAGUCCCCUUUUGUUUUUAUGGAGCCAAAAGUAAGAGGAGAGGUGAGGGAGGGGCAGCUUUAACCGUGUCCCCGCCCCCCUCAAAACAUGCACAGAGCUGGAGGUCAAAGUUCAGAGGAAAGGUGCCUUCCGUCCCUCUGCACACACACGCACACACACACGCGCGCGCACACAGGUGGUUGUGACCUCUCGCUCUGCGCUCAGCCAAGCGGGAGACGGUCGCCGUGGCAACAGAGUCCUGCCUCUCUGCUGUACAAAGACGAGCGGGGGACGCUAAUAAUCCAUAAUAUAUCAAUGUUUUGGAGCCUAAUAAUAAUAAUACUUAAACAAGAGGAUGUGUAUUUAGCUGUUAAAAAAAGUUUAUAUGUAAAUAUCUGCGUAUUUUCCUGCCAUCACUAAUCAUCCGCAUGACUUUUUUAAAUUUUUAUUUAUCUGUCACCACUUUAGAGGAGCUGUGCUCUCGUCUCUCUCACACACACACACACACACACACACACACCCACACACCACACACAUCACAGCAAUACUGUCAAGGAUCAGCUUAUUGAUUAUGGGUUUGGUCCCACGCUCAUGUUUUGCAUGACUUUUGUCAAGCGUGACAUCAUGACGGACUUCAAAGACCUCAGCGUGGUGUCACUUUUUUUUUUUUUUUUUUUAAAGUAAGGUUGGGGGCGGGGCUUGUAUGUAUAAGAGAUUGUAAAAAAAAUAAUAAUAAUAACCACGCCAGUGCGACUGGGCUAGUAGCGUCUCUUCUUAUACUCGGUACUGUAGAACUACAAAAAACAUGCAUGGGACUCAAAACUAUACUAGUCUGGGUGUGUAUCAGCGUAUGUGUGUGUGUGUGUGCGCGCGUGCAGUGGUUGAGUGUGUGUUUACCUCCUCCAGCACGCUCUUCCACAGACAGGUAACACACCUCUUCCGCGCGCGCGCGCGCGUGUGUGUGUGUGUCUAGUGUGCACUAGCGUGUGUUUGCUUGCUCAUGUGAGGCGGCUCAGCUGGAGUCCGCGUCCACACAUCCCCUCUGAAUGCUAGUCGAGCGGCGCUAAAAGCCCAGGCUGUCAACCCAGUGUCCAGCGCAGCUCUUAAGGUGUCAGGGAUGAGGUUUACUCGACGUAUAUUCUCGCAAAGCUAAGCUAGCUGGCCAUCCGUUACACUCAGAGUUGAAUGUCUCUCACACACACACAUGCACACACACGCAGACAUGCAGACAUGCAGACAGUGUCUUUCCAAACGGACAUGCUGCUUCCGCAAAGACAGGAAUGACAUUAACAUGUGUUUUCUUUUCUAAAGUGACUGUCUCGAGUGUAAAUGUAGCCAAAAAGACUGGAGAGCGUGUGUGUGCGUGUGUGUGUGUGUGUGUGAGUGUGUGAGUGUUCCACACGACUUGUAUGUUUGCUGUUCUCAUUCCUGUUUUUUAUACAUUUGCAUUUUUUUAAGGCUGAGUUUUCUGUCAUUGGCUGCGUGAGUGAGAGGAGGCGGAUCCUCCACAUCACCGCCCUGUCACUAAUCUGCCGCUCUGUUCCAAAUAAAAAGACCUGAUUGGCUCAUCCUGACCCCCACCUGUCUUUAUUUUACGUCCCUUCGACAAAUUUUGUAAGUAUGCCUGGGAGAUGUCACAAUAAUGCAGGAUUUCCAAAGUGCGGCAAGGGGCCAUUUGUAG